GGCGCCGGCAGAUGUAGCGCCGGGGAGGAGGGGCGGAGCCCGGCCGGCGCAUGCGCCGCGAGCAGCAGGGCGGGGCGGGGCCGGCGGCGCGCGCGGGGCCAUGGCCACCUACAGCGUGGCCAACGAGCGGCUGCGGGUGCUGGAGGAGCUGGAGCGCGAGAUCGGCGCCUCGCUGCAGAGCGCGGGGAACGUGAUCCUGGAGCUGUCGAAGGAGAAGCCGACCGAGCGGCUGCUCGAGCGCCAGGCCGCCCAGUUCACCGCCUCCGUGCAGAAGGUGGAGUCGGAGCUGUCGGGCCAGAUCCGCUACCUCACCCAGGUGGCCACGGGGCAGCCCCACGAGGGCUCCAGCUACUCGGCCCGCAAGGGCUGCCAGAUGGCGCUGAACCGGGUCGACUACGCCCGGGUCAAGCUGGGAGAGCUGGCCCGCACCUGCGAGCACAUGCUGGAGCAAUAGGGGGCGCCCCCCGGCCCGCCGGGAGCUCGCCGGAGCCCCCCCCCCCCCGCGGGAACACGCCAGGAGCACGGGACGGCGGCCGGGGGGAGCGCGGAGCCGCUUGCCACACGCGUGACCGGCCGGGCACGUGAGAAGGCGGGACACGCUCCGGGGGGACCCAGGAGCGACACGCCGGCCGGGCCCCGCCCCACCCCGGGCGCACCGGGAACACGGUCUGACCCACCGGCUCUCGGCGCCGGGGGGGCCACCGGCGGGGGGGGGACUGUUUUUCCUACUGCCCUUGUUAAAUAAAAGGGGAAAAAACCCA